CCAGCCGCCACACCAUCACCCAGCUCCUCUGGCGCUCCAACGGCCCGACAUCAGGCUAACGCCGUCGUAAUGUGGUUCACUCGUCUGCAUCGGCCGCUGUGGGCGAAAUGAUGCCACCAUCACCGCGGUGACAGCAUAGAGUGAAACAGGGCCUGAUCAUGGGAGACGGAAGGAGGUCACCAUGUGCCGAAAUCUCUCCAAAUAUGCCCUCAUCUUCCUCUUCCUAGCCCUGUCUGGCCUCGUCUUCCUGCUGUGCAACAUCCACACUGUGGAGAACUGGAACUGCCACACUGUUUCAGCCCUCUACCAGCUCCAGAGCAGGAUCCAGUCAUCCUUCAUCCCCGUGAACCUGCCUACUUUUUAUCACAACCACACCUUCUGUGCCCAUCUGGGCCAGAAACCGUCCCCUGAAGAUGAGCUGGAAGAGCACUACCUGUUGGACUCUAUCGCCUGGCCCGGGCCUCCGCCUCGCUCCUCGCCAAUCGCCCUGCGCCAGACAAGCGACCCCGUGCACAGCCUGUUCGCCAUCCUUCCCACCGAGGGAGGACGAGAGUGGCAUGUGGGCGACCAGCUGGAGGCCCUCGUCCAAAUGCACGACUUCCAGGGUCGUCCCAAGCACUACGGUGGGGAUUUCCUUUUGGCCAGACUGCACUCCCCGGAGCUCGGAGCAGGUGUAGCUGGUAAGGUGCUGGACCACAGGAAUGGAUUUUAUUCUGCUCUGUUCCCGCUCCACUGGGUGGGGUCUGCACAGGUGGAGGUUACGCUGGUGCACUCCAGCGAGGCCGUUGCUGUGUUGCGACGGCUCAGGGAGGAGCGACCCGAUCGGGUGUUUUUCAAGAGCCUGUUUCGCUUGGGCUUCAUGUCUGAGACUACUGUGUGCAACAUGUGCCUGCCCCCCGAUCAGCAGCCCCUGUGCAACUACACAGACCUUCACACAGGGGAGCCCUGGUACUGCUACAAGCCCAAGGUGCUCGGCUGUGACACCAGAAUCAACCACGCCAAAGGAGGCUAUCUGAAACACCUCAUCACCAACAAAGAAGCAUUGCUCUUCCAGAGUGGUGUGAACAUAAAAGUUCGCAUACACUCUUCAGGACCCGACAAAAUCAACGUGCUGCCUCCCAGGAAAGAUACAGUGGAUACUGUAAAAAGCAGCAUAAAGCCAGAAUCUUUUACGCUCGCAUCAUCUGGAUAUUACUACGAGGAUUCUUGGAGGCCACUAGAUGGUGUUACAAUGCGCCAGUUCAAUGACUCAUCUGCCAUCACAAAGUGUUUGAAGAACAAGGUGAUCAACAUGUACGGAGACUCUACCGUCAGGCAGUGGUUUGAGCACCUCAUUGCUUUCGUGCCAGAAUUAAAGGAGUUCAACCUGCACAGUCCUAAAAACGUGGGCCCUUUCAUGGCGGUGGACAGCACCCAUAAUAUCCUCUUAAAGUACCGCUGCCAUGGCCCGCCCAUCCGCUUCUCCACAGUCAUGUCCAGUGAGUUGCGCUACAUUUCAAACGAGCUGGACGGCCUCUCUGGGGGUCCCAACACUGUCGUGGUCCUCAGCAUUUGGGCCCAUUUCAGCACCUUUCCCGUGGAGGUGUACAUACGGCGGCUCCGUCACAUUAGGCGGGCGCUGGUGCGACUCCUGGACCGGGCGCCGGGCACGAUCGUCGUGAUCCGCUCGGCCAACCUCCAGGCCCUGGACCAAGAGGUGAGCCUGUACAACAGCGACUGGUACUCCCUGCAGCUCGACGAGGUGCUCAGGGCCAUGUUCAAGGGCCUGAAUGUUCUGCUGGUGGACGCCUGGCAAAUGACCGUGGCGCACCACCUUCCUCACGCCCUCCACCCGCCUCAAGUCAUCGUCAAGAACAUGAUGGACAUGCUUCUGUCUUACGUUUGCCCAGCGAAAAAGAGCUAACAGGAAUAGAACCGUGACGAUACUGUUGUGAGCUUCACCGUGUGAAUUCACCAAUCAGCUCUUCAGUUCCACACAGGCUUCUUUGGAAGCUUCGCACCCUUUAAAUCCCGUCUUUAUGGAGAGAUUUGCCAAACGUCUAGUACUGAACUCUGUUUACUUGCCUGUUAUGUUUCAUUUUGAAUCCAACAAAGCAAAUUUGAUUCUGAAAAUGCCAAAGACUUUGGCUCAGUGAUUGUGACUGCCCAUCUGUUUUUGCUACCAAAAUGUUUCGCUUUGGCAACGGCGGUAUUUUUAACAACAAACUGCUAAUUCCUCUGUGUGUGUGUGUGUGUGUGUGUGUGCGUGUGUGUGCGUGCAGUAUUUCCACUUAAGUUGCUGUUUUUUCAAGGUGAACUUUAUAUUCAUGAACACACAUUGGCUUGUUAGUUUUGCCAAAGCUGAAACCUCACUGGGUUCUUGUUUCUAAGAUUUUCCUCAGGCUGUUAUUUAUUUUACAGUGUUUACAGUACACAGCAUCGUCAGUGUAACUUAUUAUAACAGACAAAAGGUAAAUGGUAAAAAUGGCUGUGCUAAUAUAACACACUCCUUUUUCUGUCCCUCCACAUUGCUUCAGUCGACUUUCAGCCGGUGAUUCCUCUAACUGGCAGAUGGACCUCUCAGCCUCUGAGACCCUCCAGCCUUCAGCUUUCACACAGCUUUUGUGUUGAUUUGAAGCUUGACCUUUGCUUAUGUACAAGCGAGUGAGCGUUGAAGUUAUCAGGUCUGUGUGAUACAAAGAGAAAAUGUGCCUAUUUUUCUGUCUAACCCUGUCCGUCCCUCGCAGUGACCAGAGGCCGGCUAUGAAGAGACUUAGCUAUAACUUUUAAGAGCAGAGUUGCUGUCAUGUUUGCCAGUUGUCGCUGUUGUCAAACGUGUGCUUUUCUAACUGUAAUAAUGAGCAUGACUGUGUUUGGAAGCCAUUGUCGUUUGCUUACUCAAACUCCAAGCUGCUCAAGCAGUGAAAGGAGAUUUGAGAUGGAGCUGGGCGACAUAUCUAUAUAAUGUUUCUAUCACUCAAUGGGCCUGUGAUAAUUGUCAGAACUGAGUCAGGAUCAUAUGCUGGUGAUGCAUCUUCGAUCAUGCCUUUUCCUGAUC